UUUGACGGAACAUCAACAAGAAGAAACGAUGAAUUCAAAUUUGAAUUUCUGACAUUUCAGUGAAACUUUUUGAACAGAACGUGUAUUCGACAGAUGCCACUGACUUCCGCCAGCUGGUCCCUGACUUCCGGUGGUGAUGGAGGAUGAUUUCCUGCUCGCCCUGCGGCUCCAGGAGCAGUUUGACACCGAGUACCAGAGUCUCCAGACCUCCUCGUCCUCCUCUUCCUCCUCCUCCCACCGGCUGGAUGAUGCCGGACAGAGCAGCAGCAAGAAGCGGAGACUGGACGUGUCCUCUCCGGGCGGCAGCGGGUCUUUCCCCCGCUGGGAGCAGCCCGAGAGGCCGCUGUCCAUCGUGGACGCGUCGUGGGAGACGCUGGACCCUAGCCCCGACGUCAGGGCCAUGUUCCUGGACUUCAACCACACCUUCUUCUGGGGGAAGCUCAGCGGGGUGGAGGUGAAGUGGAGCCCCAGAAUGACCCUCUGUGCAGGUGUGUGUUCCUACGAGGGUCGGGGGGGCCUGUGCUCCAUCAGGCUCAGUGAACCGCUGCUGAAACUGAGACCCAGAAAAGACCUGGUUGAGACUCUCCUCCAUGAGAUGAUCCACGCCCUCCUGUUUGUGACCCAGAACAACCGAGACCGAGACGGUCACGGACCUGAGUUCUGCAAACAUAUGAACCGUAUCAACGAUGCCACCGGAACGAAGAUAUCUGUCUACCACAGCUUCCACGAUGAGGUGGAUGUGUACCGGCAGCACUGGUGGCGCUGCGACGGGCCCUGCCAGAACCGAAAGCCCUACUUCGGCUACGUGAAGAGAGCCAUGAACCGGGCUCCGUCGUCUCAGGACCCCUGGUGGGCGGACCACCGGAGGACGUGUGGCGGGACGUACACCAAGGUCAAGGAGCCUGAAGGAUACGGCCAGAAAGGAAAGAAGGUUGGGAAGACGGACGGGAAAAAGGACGGGAAGGCGUUACCUAAGGAGGCCUCGGGAAGUGGGAAACCUUCAAGUACAGCUCCAGGUUCUGGAUUACAGGACAUAAGGAACAUGAUCCCGUUCACUGGCAAAGGCUUCCUGCUCGGCGGGAAGUCACAGACCUCCACGUCUUCCCCCCCGUCCCACAAACCACCGGUCCCUCUUGUGAAACCACCAUCGUCGAACCCAGUGUUCUCUCCUCCCAAGAAACUCUUCCCCCCGUCGUCCCCGGCCAAAGCCCUCCCUCCCGCUCCCUUUCACUCUGGACUCUCCGGGGCCUUCCCCUCCACCGGGCCAGCAGCCUCCACGGGCCAGAGGCCACCUAAGAAGAGGUCCGUGGGGAACACACGGGUGUUUGUCAGCAUCAACGGGUCGCCGGUUCGAAUCCCUAAACCACACAGUAGCAGCAGCAGGAGCCAAGUAGCAGAGAAAACAAGGCAGAGUUCCAUCGAGGAGCUUUUUGACAGCAUGGGGGUCAGAGGGUCAGUGGGUUCUGAGACCAGAAGAGACUCGCUGACGUCCCCGGGGAUUUCCACCAGCUCGGCCUUAGUCUCUUCUCUGUUUCCUAAACAACAGAGGACGCCUCAGCCACGUUCAGCUGUGGUUUCAAACAGAGGCAGCCCUGAUGAACCAACACAGUCCAAGUAUUUCAACAGUGACAGAACGUCAGGAGCUGCUGCUGCUGCUGGGAGUCAGAGCUCGAGGAAGAGGCCGUGGGACGACCGCCGCGGCUCGGCCAGCAUCUUCGACUUUUUCCAGAAAACAUUAAGCACCGAUUCAGCAGCGUCGAGGGAGUCGGUGAAGACGAGAUCACCUGCAGUGCAGCAGAGAACUGUGACUGCUACAGCCACCGCUUCCUCUUCAUCCUCUAACACGCCUUCUGUCAGCGCUACUUCAUCCUCCUCCUCCUCCUCCUCUUCCUCACUGACGGUCAGCUGUCCUGUGUGCCAAGCGAAGGUGCAGGAGUCGAAGAUCAACCAGCAUCUGGACUCAUGUCUCUCCUGAGGAGGAGCAACAGACGUUUCAGGGAAUAAGGUCUUUUAAAAUUGGCCUUUUUGUGAUAUUAUACCACUUUUGGUUUUAAUAGAUGGUUUUACUUCCAGGUUAGAUUGUUUUAUUAUUCUCUAAUAACCCUACUUCCUCUCUGAUCACAUGUGCCUGCUGACAGCCCAAUGCCUUAGUAUUUUAAGAAGCAUCAAGGUUUAACAGAUUAUGUGAGUUUACGUUCAAAUAUUCAGUUUCAUCAUGAAAACACAACAAAGGACUUCCAGUAAGUUCUCAGUUUUGUGGCUGUUACAGGUUCGUGUGUUUUAUCAGGAUUUGAAGCACUGUGGUUUUAACUGCACAGAAUAUGUCAUUCUUACAAUAUUUUCCAUCAUAGAGAUCAGCAAUCAGUGAUCAGCUCCUUCAGAAUUCACCAGAAUAAUGUGAAAACUGACCAGUUGUGGUGUAAAUUCAGAAGCGGCUGCCGUCUGUGUGUUUAUAAGAAGUUAUUUUUGCCUCGUCUGUGGGCGGACGAGCUGACUUUAGUCUGACGUGUCCUUCAGACGUCAGGAGACACAGACUGACCUCUGCUGAUCUGCAGGAAUCACAUUUCACACCCGCUAGCUGUUUAUUUCUGCUUCACACCGACACUGACACGGCAUCGAUCUGCAGGGUCGGGUCCUGUGAGAGCUUCGGAUUGUUCACGCACCGAAACUAAUGUGCUCCAGUCGUCAGAUUUACAGUGAAACACAUGAGGAUGGUUUAAACUUUUAUUAUUUGUUGGUGAAAUGUGAAGAUUUCUGCAAAAACAUCCGGAUUUUAUAUGUUUAUACGUUGUUUUGUAUGUGUUGUGUUUGUUUUAAAGUAAAUUGUUAAACAUGUUCAGGUUUUGUUGCUAAUAAAAAUAUUUUACCUUCCA